AUGCGAAACCCAUCACCUAAGGUUCGCUUGGUCUUUGCCUUUCCAAGCUGUGACUCCACAGGAGGAUUGAACAACACACAACAGUUAUUGUCUUUUUCGGAUUGUCUCGAAGCAGAGUACCACGAUGAACAUACGGAUUUACCUUGUCGAAAAUCAGCAAAUCCGAGACGGUCGAACACAGAACUCAAGAGAUCGAAAGGAAGCUCCGAUCAGGAUUUAGGUCGUGUAUCUAGUCUGAGAAGAUCGUGA